CUUUGGUCGACCUAACAUGAGUUUGGUCCUGAUUGGCAAAGGCCUCUCAUCCUAACAUAUACAAACAACGCCUUCAAAAUUGUAAGUAGGGAACUUACCAGUGCUCUAGAUCUACAUGGCGACAUCACUCGGGAAACGCAGGCAAAGAGAAGAAGACGCACAACCCUCACUACCACACGGGUCCACACUAUUCGUAUCCAACCUCCCUUACGAUGCAACAUCCACCGACCUACAAACAACAUUCUCAGACCUAGCACCCGUGCGCUACGCUUUUGUCGUAUCCAAGAAAGGAUCUGGGGAAUCCAAAGGUUUUGGUUAUGUAUCCUUUUCUAUCAAGGAGGAUGCGCAGACUGCUUUCGAUACCGCGUCGACUGAGGGGAUCGAGAUCAACGGGAGGAAGUUGAGGGUCAAAUGGGCGGAUAAGAAGAUGGACAAGGACAAAUUUGAAAGCUCGAAGGAGCGCGUUGAAAAAGAUAAGUUUAGAAGCUCAAAGGAGCACGUUACAAAGGAGAAGAAGCGAGAAGCGAAAAAUCAAGAGGUGAAAACGCAGAAAGUGAUAAAGCAGGAGACAAAAAAACGCGAGCAGGAAGUACAAAAGCAGGAGGAAAAGGCGAAGCUUGAAGAGGUCAAUGAGAGUGACGCCGAAUCAGAUGAUGUUGAAGAGGGUGAUGUCAAGAUGGUCGACGUUGAAGAUAAUGAAGCUGAGCUAAGUGGUGCUGAAGACGAAGAGGAGCAGUUGGGUCUUCAUGAAGACGAGCACAGCGACGAGGACGAGGACGAAGACAUCGAAGAUGACGACGAGAAAGAAGCCAUAAGUGUUGAACAUCACCAACGUCCCAUGAAACCUCAGCUACCUCAAACGGACACAGGUACCACACUCUUCAUCCGCAAUAUCCCCUUUAUUGCUACAGAAGACGAACUACGGGCACUAUUCCGCACAUUUGGGGCUCUGCGGUAUGCUCGAAUUACCGUCGAACCAGGCACUGAACGUUCGCGAGGAACCGGUUUCGUUUGCUUCUGGAAUAAAGAGGUCGCCGACAAGGUGAUCGAGCAAAGCGAGCUUUUGCGCGCCGAAACUAUGGCUCGCAGCAAGUACCCAACAAAAAACCCAUUUACCCUGCCGUCAAUCUUGACACCUGACCCGUCUUCGGGCGUAGCUAAAAGUCUUGUACUUCAUGGUCGCACGUUGGAUGUCGUGAGAGCUGUCACGCGGGAUCAAGCAGGCAAACUGAAGGAUGAAGGCGAGAGAAGACGAGAAAAGGCAGACAAAAGAAAUCUUUACUUGUUGCUCAUCUUGCCCAAUACGCCAGCGGCCAGCACUAUACCACCUAUUGAACUGGAGAAACGGACCAAUUCAUUCACUGCCCGCCGCACGAUGUUGCGGACAAAUCCUUCCUUAUACGUAUCGAAGACCCGACUCAGCGUUCGCCAGAUACCCCUAUUCGUCACUGAGCGGACUCUCAAACGCCUCGCCCUCCACGCUCUUCGUACAUUCAAAGAUGAAGAGCUGGAAGAAGCUACCAAGGAAUCCGAUGAACCAGACGACUCUAGCACGAAACCGAAGGUUGGGAAACGAUCGCAGGGAAGCAAAUCCAAAGUCCAGCAAGCCAAAAUCGUACGUCAACAUGAACGAGUAGAUCCUGUCACAGGAAAAGGUCGCAGCAAAGGUUACGGAUUCAUCGAGAUGCCGCGGCAUGCGGAUGCGCUACGCGUUCUUCGAUGGGCCAACAACAACCCUGCUGUUACGCCACUUUCUGAGCACCUGCUCGAGAAGGGAAAGGGGGAGUCUGAUGAAGCUAGACUGAAGCGGAUGAAAGAUGAGCUAGAAGGCCAGGUGAAAACACCUAAGGGUACGCUUAUUGUGGAAUUCUCCAUAGAAAACGUGCAGGUCGUCCAGCGAAGAGCGAACCAGAACAAGGAAAAACCGACAGCAUUGUAUCCACGGUGUGAAACAUCUCAAGAACCGCCUAUGAAGAAACGACGCGUUGUGGCUGAUGAACCGCCAGCGAAGCCUGUGAAAGAAGAACAUGGUAAUGGUAGUCAGAGCAUCGGCGCAGUCAUCGGUAGAAAGAGGAGGGAGCGCAAAGCUGCCAAGAAGGGCGGAAAGUAGCCCUCGAGUGCUGUCUUGAUGUGUUCUGUCCCUUUCUCGUAUUGACUUAUCCCGCUUAAAUUGACCACAGUAUCAUCAACUGUCAUAUCUUAUGUUGGGUCACCUACCGAAGGCUGAUAACAGUAUAAGACUCGCUGUGUUUUGAUCAUUGGGGGAUGCCAUAUGUAUCUGUGGCAGCGGGUUUGGAGCGGCCCGGGAGAGGCAAGCAGAAUUUAAUCCUACAGCUCUCACGGCCAUAAUAUCAAGGACUCAUCGAUAUCAAUCCACUGAUGCCGUGAUGCAUUAUUUUUAUGAUCCCGCCGUUAUCGAUGAAAGCACAC